ACGGUCUUGCGCAUUUUAUAUCACGCGGGUAGUGAAAGCCUUACUCCUCCCCCUCCCUCCCGCUUUUUGGCCUUUGCCGGUUGCCGUCGCCGCUCUUUCUCUCUCCUCAGCAGGAGCGCCGCCGUGCGAAAGAAAGAGCCAGGCUGCUCUGGGGAAAAGGAGCGGGGGUGGGGGCGUCCCUGCCGGCUCCCGUCCUCAGCCGCAAUGUCGGUCCUGAGCUGGAAGCCGUUCGUCUACGGCGGCCUGGCCUCGCUCGUCGCCGAGUUCGGUGGGUGAGAGGGGAAAGAGGGACCCGGGAGGUGGGUGGGGGGCCCCGGCCUGGGCGCACGCUCUCGCUUAACCCCGCCCCUUCCCCGUUACCGGGCAACAGGCCACGCCCUUUCGAGGGCCUAGUGCCUUCGGACUGCUGUCUGGUGCCCGUUAGGAGGCUUUGUCCGGCCCUUGAGGGCUUUUCCUUAUCUCCAUCCCCUCACUGCUAAUGGCGCAUCCCGUUUUCAGUUCGGUCCAUACCACUCUGCCAGAGAAGAGGGGGUGGGGAAGCCUCGGCGGGGUGAAGGGGUUUUAGGACAGGGGAGAUCACCUGCUUCGCAUCUCCACCUGCCGGCGAAGCUCGCAGGGUGACCUUGGGCCGCUGGCGCGCUGUCAGACCAGCCUACCUCGCAGAGUUGUUGUGAGGCAAAAGUAUAUCAUGUUGAUGGAGGGAGAAAACGAGAAAACAACGGGUGGUCAUUGCAAGGGUGGCUUAUUGGAAAUGGAAAGAGAAAGGGGAAGGUGGGGAACGUGGGGGGUGGGGACGGACAGUAUGAUGUAGGGGUUAAAAGUUCUGAAUGAGAACUCAAGGAACCGAGGUGCCGGUGAAGCUAAGUGGAUGACCUUGGGCCUAGCACUGUCACUUGGCCUAGCCUACCUUGCAGGGCUGUAGUGGGGGUGACAGAACCACAUACAUGGGUCUUGUGACCCUCAGAAGGAAGGUGGGAUAUAGAGAGAAGCCCCUAUGUUGCAGGGCCUCAUUUUUCAUACUAGUUCAGGCAAGAAGUUGGUUUGACUCCUCAGCACAAAAGCUCUUGGGGUGACUUUGUUCGCUAUACGUUCACUCUACCUAUGUGUUGUGAGGGUGAAAAUGGAAAAGCAGGAUAUUUUAUGCCAAUCUGAACUCCUCAGAGGAAGAGUGGCAAAAAUACACAUAAAUAUAUAUAACAGUGGAUGACUUGGGUCCAUGGGUUGUUCCUGACUUCUUAAAUAUUUUAAUUGUAAAAGCAAUUAAAUGUCCUUGUGGCACCUUAAGGAGUAAGUAGCUUUAUUUGUGACACAUGCUUUUGUCAACUGGAGACCGCUUUAGUUGCAUGAAAUGUUAUCACAUCUAUGUGUGUAUGCAUACAUCAUGCAUGUACACAUUGCUUUGUGUUUCUGUAUGAUAAUUUAUAAAUUGCUUAGUGUUUUCUAAGUGCUAUGCAAAGAUUUAAAAGCAAAACACAGAUCCCGUAUGUACACUUAAAGGCUAGCAGACAUGUUUCAAAGGGGAAAUGAUAGGGAAGGAAUAGAGAAAAAGCAAAUUCAGGUAUUAGUUCUUCAUAGUUGCAUAACUGUUCCAUAAACAAAUGAAACAGCCACUGAAAGAGAGGAGAGGAGGAGCCAAAAGACAGUCACAGCAGAGCUGAUGAGGUGGGCCUUCCUGUCUUCUCCCUUACAAAUCAAGUGUAUACUGUAUCUUACUGACAUCCAUAAAUCACGUGUGUGCAUAUAGACAGAGUUUUUAAGGUAUCAAACAGCACUUCAGCUCUGGUUCUUGAUAGGAUGCAAUUAAACACUAAAUUCAUUAAUUUAUUUACAGUGAAUAACAAAACAGAUUAAUUCCUUAUGGCAAAAUGUACAGUGGUACCUCGGGUUAAGAACUUAAUUCAUUCCAGAGGUCCAUUCUUAACCUGAAACUGUUCUUAACCUGAAGACCACUUUAGCUAAUAGGCCUUCCCGCUGCCGCCGCGCCGCCGGAGCACAAGUUCUGUUCUCAUCCUGAAGCAAAGUUCUUAACCCGAGGUACUAUUUCUGGGUUAGCGGAGUCUGUAACAUGAAGCGUCUGUAACCUGAAGUGUAUGUAACCCGAGGUACCACUGUAUUGGUUUCUGCCUUCUUGAGCUGUUCAGAUAUGACUCAACAGCGUGCUGUAGCUCAGUUGGCAGUUAUUGAACCCUGGAGAAUUGUACCAAUUACUGUAGACAAUGCUGAGCUACACGAACGAAUGUUUUGACUAUGUAUAAGGCAGCUUCCUAUGUUGCUUCUAACGCCUUAAUAAAUUGGUUGGUCUUUAAGGGUGCCACAAGACCCUUAGUUGGUUUUGGUGGAGUGUGGGAAGCAGAUGGGAGAAAUACUUAUCUGUUUGGAUGGCUUAGUUCAGUACAGGCGAUACUUGCGCUUUGUAGGAAGAAAUAAGGCAAUGAACUUGAUUGCAUCCUAGUCAAAUAUGUAAAUUAUUACAGAGCGGCUAGUGUUGGCAUGGAUUUGGGGCAGGGUUGACUAAUCAGCAUCCUUCUCAGCCCUCACUUUGGUGUCUGAACUGAAGUCUCUCUCUCUUUUUCUUAUAGGGACGUUUCCUGUGGAUCUCACCAAAACACGGCUUCAAGUCCAAGGCCAAAGCAUUGAUGCCCGUUUCCGAGAGAUCAAGUAUCGGGGCAUGUUCCAUGCCUUGUUUCGUAUCUCCAGGGAAGAAGGCAUUCUUGCACUCUACUCUGGGUAAAGCACUGUCCUUUAUGUACAGUAACCACACAAUGCUUGAGGCAUCUUCCCCAUCCUUUAAAUUGAGGUUUCAGAACCUGUAGAUAGCAAGAGUCAAAACUGUAUACUGUAAUUGGAAUGCUAGGGGAACUCAGCCAAAACCCCCCAAGGAGGAGUGAUGCUCCUGCUUUGCUGAGUGGAACUUAACUGUCUUCUUCCCCCACCACAGGAUCGCUCCAGCCUUGUUAAGACAAGCAUCUUAUGGCACAAUAAAGAUUGGUAUAUACCAGACUUUGAAGCGACUUUUUGUGGAUCGAUUAGAAGGUUAGUUUGCCAAGAAAACAGUGUGUGCCUUUUUUUCUUAAUCUAUAGGGCCAUGUAUAUUGAUGAUGCCAUACUAUAAAUAAUUUAUCUGGUUUGGGCUUCCUCUUUUAUGUCUCUGGCCUCAAAUCCCUAAGGUGGACAAAAGGGCUGCAUCAAUCCACUGCAAAUAGAUGAUGGAACUGCACCCAAAGGUGUUCUAGAAAGACUCAACAUAUUUCAAGUUAUAAAGUUUACUCCUCAGGAGUAGCUUUAUUUUUUAGUUCUGUUGUUUCAAGGGAGAGUGAGCCACAUUUCUCUGCCCUUCAUUUGCUGUCUUUGACAUUUUCUACAGCGUCUUUGGCUGCAAUUGCUCUUGUUGGUCAUAAUUCAUGUUUUUAAAAAAAGUUCUCACUUAAUGUUUGUUUAUCAGUGGCUACUGUAUGAGAUUGGGCCCUUUGGUGUAGGUAUACUAAGUUAAGCAUGCAGGGAUGAUUCUAUUACAUACAUACAUAAUUUCAUUUGUAUGCUGUCUUUCCACAGUUCAAGCCAUGCUCAAGGUGGCUUACAAUACGAAAAAAUACAAAACUGCAACAUUACGAAAGUAGUAAUAAACAAAAAAAAAAACCAAACUGAACACUUUCCACAUAAAUCACAAGAUGUAAAAUAAAUAUACCCCCUCCCCCCAAAAAAACCACCCCAAGCAACACCCCAGCCUGAGAUCUGUUCAGCAGCUUCAGCUUUUGUAGCUGGAGUCAGUUAGGACCUGGCAGUCCCAGACCAGAUGGAAAAGGCUUGCAAGGCAGGGAGCAGGUCUUUCAGGUCUCACAACAAUAUAAGCAUGUGAAAGGGCUCAUGCAUACAUGGACUAAUCCCACCCUCUGGAUACGGGCAUGCAUGGUUGACAUGCACUACUACCACAGCCAAUGCACAGCUGACAUCAGUCUGAAAGGACUUCUAUGCAUGCAUUUAUGCACACACAUAGAUGCACUACAAAUAGCACCUGCUAUUCCUGGAGUCUGGCAAAACUGGAGUGAUACUUGAGUGUUGGGGGAAGAGAUGCUUUUUCCUGGAGGUAGGUGAGGUAUUGUAGCCAGUCAUGCUGUGAUUUUCAUUCAAACAACUGGCUGUUACUUAGCUUCAUCUUGGUCCAUUUCCUGGCAGCCUCUCUAGUACUUCCUGCAAUUCAGAAUCAAGUUCCUGGGCAGCACUGUCCUCUUGCUUUCCUUUUGGAAACUUGGAACUUGGUACUGUUGUUGUUGUGGACUCUGAUUAAGCUGGUAGUCCUGCCACCCCUGGGCUCCUGAUGGAGAAACCAUAGCAUAGCUUGAGUUCCUCUAGUACUUGCAAUUGUAGAAUGUAACAUAACUUACUAGAAUCCAGCAACAUGCCUCCUUGUCUCUUGGCUGCCCAACAAAGUUGCCUCUGUCUAUGCCUGCCACGUGUGGUGUGUCAUGGUCUCUCUGCUUCUGGGUACUAUGUCCUAAAUAUUUGUUUCCCUUCAGGCCCCACGCAGCUGUUGACCCGGUCUCCUUUGGAGAGCGCUGCGGUCAGUACCACUGCCCUUCCCAGCAUUAACUCUGCUCUAACUCUUGGCUUUUACUUUCUGAACUAAUGAUCUAAUCUCCUUGGCUGGGGUUUUUUUGGUCUUGGGGAUGGCUCUUCUAGGUUUUGGUAGAAUCCUCCCCACCCCCACCAUCAAAAUUCUUUGAACAUUGCCCCUAUGGGAUUGGAUGACAUUUCUUUAGACAGAUAACUGUCCCAAAGAGCAAGUUAACUGGUAGUGUGCUCCUUUGCUCUCAUUGGUCAAGCUGCAGAAGGACUUUCAUUAAAAACUAGAAGUGUCACAAGGCUGUUCUUGGUGCCAUAGGCCCAGAAGAAAAAAAGCUGGAACUCUUGGUCUUUAUGUAGCAUUACAUCUUUGUUGUCUUUGUUUUUCUUCCUAAAAUACUCUCUUGCUCUCCCUCCUUUGGGGUCCAUGCUGGGGUUAUAACUUCCUCUCCAAACUCCUUUCUGUUUGCAGAUGAAACAUUACUACUAAAUGUUAUAUGUGGAGUUGUGUCAGGGGUGAUCUCCUCUGCGCUGGCAAAUCCAACAGAUGUACUGAAGGUAAGAGGGACCUGCCUUUGUGUAUAUACUUGCUGCUUCCAUAUGUUAUCUCCUUUGGUCCUUAGCCUGUGGAGAUGCUGUUAUUUUGCUUCUACAAUCCAUAGCACUGCCAUAGCUGCUACUCCAUGUUUGCCAUACUUUUUGACCACACACACAGCAACAAAGGGAAGAGACGGAAUACAGUUUCACAUUAGUGUAACACUUUUAAGUUAGACACGUGAAGACCAGUAGUCCUCAGCCUCUUCUGAUGAGCCUUUAACUACAGCCUGCUAUCUUGUUCUAAAAAUAUUAAUGAAUUUUUGUAUUUGUUUAAAAUGAUGAUGGAUCCAUUCAUAUUUGGUUUUAAUUUGUUUGGGGAUUUUUCAAUAUGUUUUGUCAUUUUUAUUUGUAUACUGCUUGGAGUAUUUCUGAUCAAGCAGUUUACAGUCAUACCUCGGGUUACAGACGCUUCGGGUUGUGCGAUUUCGGGUUGCGCACCGCACCGAGCCCAGUAGUACCAGAACGGGUUACUUCCAGGUUUCGGCACAUGAGCAGAAGUGCUAAAUCGCACUUUGCGCAUGCACAAAAACGCCGAAUUGCAACUGACGAGGCACUGCGGGUUGCGAACGUGCUUCCUGCACGGAUCACGUUCACAACCCGAGCAUCCACUGUAUAUACUUUAAAUACAGUAAGCCCACAAUUUACACAGUGGCUACAUUCCAGGGAUCACCCCUCAAGCCAAAAUCACUUAUAGUCAAAAGCCAUUUGGUUCAGUGGGUGGCCAGGAUUGCCAAAGUAAAUUUCCCCAGAACACCCCCUUUUCACCCCUUUUUAAUUCUUAAAAUAUUACUUUGCACAUAAAGCUGAAUGUGGACAAAUUAAAUGUGCAUAAGUUGCAGGCUUAUUGUAAGACUCAUUUUAACCCCCUGCAAGCUAUAUUUUGCUGUCUUCCUGCUUCUUUCUCUCUUGGGUGACCAGAAGCAAAGGAGGACAGCAGUGGUACUUGUGCAGAAGAGGUAAUUUAAGCAGGUGCUGCUGAUAUUUGAGGGAUGAGAAAACCCACAGAAUGGUUUAACAGUAGAGGAGGAUUGCCUUCCUUGCAUCUGGUCACAUUUUCUCUCUCAAACCUUUUUUUCAACCUUAAGCACACAUACACAAUAAGUUUGUGGUGAUAAUACCAUAUUAGUUUACAGCAUGACCCACCCAUAGGCCCUGGCUUACUAGUUCAAGACCAGCCAUAUACAACAAAUAGUUUUGAUACCCUGCUAGACAGCUGCUUCAUGCUUAGAUUCUUGGGUUUACAAGCAGUUUACUUUGGAUAGCAGCUCAUUCAUUACUUUAUCGGGAAUGUUGAUUCAUUUCUCUAACUAGGAAGUCUCUUGCUCAUCCGUCUCUUUUAGAUCCGAAUGCAGGCUCAGGGCAGUCUGUUCCAAGGAGGAAUGAUUGGAAGCUUCAUAGACAUCUACCAGCAAGAAGGCACGCGGGGGCUAUGGAGAGUAAGUCCUUCUUUUGUACACUUUCUUUCUUUCCCUCCUUCCUCACCUACUACUUCUUGUAGUGCUAGCACCCCCAUCCAUCUAUCAUUUGUUUUUUAAAAAAUUCUUCAGAGAACAAACUUUUUUGUAGUAAGACAUAUCAAGUCUUAUCAAGUCUUAUUUUGUAGUGAGACUUAUCAAGGAUAAUAUGAAUUUCUGCAUUUUGGUUUCCUAACUUAUGUAAAAUCCACGUUGUUUUGGUAUAGUGAGUGUGCUGCAGAUUGAAUCGGCUAAUAUUCCUAGUUUGCCUUAGUAUCAGCAUGUAUUCCUUAAGUACAGUGCUCAAAUUUCUGGGGUGUGUGUUCAGAGGUGAUCUUGCCCGGUACCUUUUCAGAUGUCCCCAUUGUCUACUAUUUAGAGAGAUUAUUGAGGGAAGCCUGAUUUUGCUACAGUUAAAGAGGGGUCAGGGGGUAAGUUGCUCCCCAACUUUUCUGCCAUAGUUUGAGAAGUGACCAGGGUUCUUCCAGUGGUUGUCUUAAGCCAUGGGUCGGGAAACUAAGGCCCGGGGGCUAGAUCGGCCCGCAGAUGGUCUGGGAAUCGUCAUGGGGAUUCUGAUCGUUUGGGCUGUGCCAUUCUCCCCCCCCCCACACACUGUGGCAGCGGCACCUCUUCCCUCCCUCCUCUUGGCUUCUCCCGCCCUGCCUAGAGAAGGAAGGGGGCUGGGCUUUGUUGAGCCACAGUUGGCUGAGCGCCAUUUUAAGCAGCACACACACACACCCCGAGCCAGCCCUUCCACUCCGCUCAUUGUCCCUCCGCUGCCAGCCCCUGCCGCUCGCAAGGCACAGAUAAGCAGCCACCGGGGCUCGUCCGGUGCUGUGGAGAAGGGAGGGGAGAGUCAGUGAGGGGGGAUUUCCCCCCCCCCCAAAAAAUAUAGUCCGGCCCCCCACAAGGUCUGAGGGACAGUGGACCAGCCCCCUGCGGAAAAAGUUUGCUGACCCCUGUCUUAAGGCUAUCUUUGUUCUGGAUGCCACCUUAGCAUGAGAGAACAUGGAAUGCGAUAACAUGUUUUUGUGCUGGAUAAAUGCUUUCUGCUCCAUAACAAAUAGUAUUUAUAUCCCCAUACAUCCAAGUUCUCAAGGUGGUCCACAUCAAGGUUAAGAAUAAAUUAAAAUACAUACAACAAAGCAAUGCAACAACAAAACCACCCAGAUUAUUAUAAAAUUAUUAUAAAACUGUAUGCAUGUCUAGCAAAGUGCUGGAAUGAAAGGAUAAUGAACUUGACCUAUUCCUUACUUUUUCCUUCCCCUUCUUUAGCUAUUGAACCUGCAGAAAUUCUCUGCAGAAUCUUAAUUUGUCCAGUUCAUGAGGUGGAUUCAAUAGCUUGCUUGUCUUUUCUGAGUGGGGGGGGGGGGAGGCAGCAACUGGGAUCAUGGUUGCAAACCCCUUGGGUUUGUAGAGUUAAACCCGUUUAAUAUAAUAAAGCCACAAAGUGGGAUCCAGUACUGCAUUCUUCCCUAAUUCAAUUCCCCAGCUCUGACUUAAGCAAGCAAAUACCAAGAUGCAACUUCUUGGAAGGAGGGGGACUACAAGGCAAGAACAUUAAGUAAUAUAAAGAAAUCAGUGUGCUGUAUUCUAGUCAAAUUUUGUUUUCUAUUGCAGAGUUAAGGAUAGUACAGGAAGCUAUCUUUUCUAACUUUUCUAAGGAUAGCAAAUGUUAUUAUGCCCAGGAUACUUUGGUAGGCCUUAAUAGCCAAUGAGCCUUCCUUUUCCAAAAGAUUAUGCAGGCUGCAAAUGUCAAGGUAUUUGGGAGUGGAGAUGCAUGGGAGUUACUAGAUUGAGGGUCUCUGGUGGCAGCACUAUUAACUUUCAGUCUUUUUAUUUGGCAGGGUGUUGUCCCUACUGCUCAGAGAGCUGCCAUAGUGGUGGGAGUUGAAUUGCCAGUCUAUGACAUCACCAAGAAGCACUUGAUCCUUUCAGGACUUGUGGGGGACACAAUCCUUGCCCACUUCAUGUAAUUAUUGACCAGUUUUGCAUGUAUAAAAUGAAUGCAAACAUAGUGCUGUGGUGGGCAGAUCACCUCUACCCACAGUCAGAUCAAUUUUCUGAUGAGCAGAGGUGAUAACUCCUUCUCCGAGGCUGGUCUGCAUGAAUCAGCUGAGGAUAUGAGCUCUGUGUGUGAGAGGAUGAACGGGGAGCAGUAUUGUGUGAGUACGUCUAUUUUUGGUCACACCUGUUGAUGGCAUGCAGCUCCUGGAAGAUUCGUCAAAGGUGAACGUGGCCCAUGGACUUUACACUUCUGUGCUGAAGUUUCUCAUUUCCACUGCCUGAGGAGUAGGUGUUUUUUUUAAUGUUUGUGUCAUGGAAGUACCAAUCUAACAUAAACACAAGUAAAUUAAGAAAAAACAGUUACUAAAUCAUCUUUGUAACAUAAACACAAGUAAAUUAAGAAAAAACAGUUACUAAAUCAUCUGUAGGCACCUUACAUUCGAUUCUGCCAGGCACCUCCACUUUUCAGAAGAGGAAGGGGAAGUUAAAAGAGAAAAUGCCCCUUCGCUCACUUCAUGCUGGAAAUGAGGGGCAAGCCCUGCCCUUCUCUUGAAUCCUCAAGCACAUACAGAGAUCUCUGGAACAGAAAGGGCCUCAUCUCUAACUUCUUACCAGAUUCUGGUCAGGAGCAGUCAGGACAGAUCUGCACUGUUUCUAACUUUUACCAAAGCCAGUGCUAACUAAUCCUGGCCCUACUUUGAGUUGUCUGUGUAUACCGGAAGAAUUAGGGGAGAGGGGCUGGUGGUAACCAGAAAAAAUGGUUCCUGUGCACAUCACCUCCAAUAUGUCAGUCUUGUUUCUAGAAGCAGUAUAUUAAGAAUGGGAGGAAUCUGCAACCCCAAAUUGCUUCCCCUGGAGUGCAAAAAGUAACCUCAUGUAUUCUUCUCUAUUUAGUUCCAGUUUUACAUGUGGGCUGGCUGGUGCUGUUGCUUCAAAUCCAGUGGAUGUGGUGCGGACACGUAUGAUGAAUCAAAGGGCCAUUGUGGGGACCGUUGACCUCUACAGGGGUACACUGGAUGGUCUGGUAAAGGUAAGGUUUGUAACGGAGUCGCUUUUGAGUCUUGAAAUGUCAGGGACAAAAUGGAAGAUGGGUUAAAAUCCUAAAAGUCCUUUGAAGUUGCUCGUAUAACGUUAAAAUAAUUCAGUGAUGUGUAUAUGGCAAGUGAGGUUUCUCCAAAAGCUAAUUAACAUCCCAGUGUUAUGUCAUCCAUUCACAGUUUGUAGAAGCAAACAGCCUCUUUCAAUCAGCCCCUUUCUUCUUAACUACUUUUAAAAAAUAAAAUAAAUAAAUACAGAUACAAACUGAUCAGUUAUUUGGUGUGUAUUUAGGGAUCGCGCUUUUUCCAAGACAAGGAUAAAUGACAAAUCUACUGGGAACUUCUUGUGCCUUCUAAAUGAAGGAGACUUGCACACAAACACAUGUCUGUGUAUUCCUGGUAAUUCUUGUGCCUGCCUCCAAAGCUAGCCAUUGGGACUUUGCCUGCAGUUAAAACACUAGAAAGAGCAAAUGCAUGUAAUGAGCAGCUGGAGGAGAUAGCGGGUACGUGUGGCACUCCAAAUGUUGCUGGGCUACAAAGUCCCAUCAUCCCUGACCCAUUGGACAUUCUGCCUGAGAAUGAUGAGAGCUGGACUUCAACAACACUUGGAGAGCUACAGGUUCCCCUCCUCUGAACUAGAGGUUAUCUAGAGACUGAAUAUCACCCUGUAACAGAAAGCUAAUUGCUUUCUGGUCUGCCAUAUAACUGCAGGCCUUUGAGAGAACUGGUAGGUUGAUCACAGUGGGUCCUGAAAAUUUUCUGUCUCCUUCCCAGACAUGGAAAAGUGAGGGCUUCUUCGCGCUUUACAAAGGAUUCUGGCCAAAUUGGUUGCGGCUUGGCCCCUGGAACAUCAUUGUAUCCUUUAAUGUGUGUGACCUUGGUGGGAAAGGAAAGUCGGAGAGAGUUCUCAAAGCAAUUAUCCCAUAGUCUUCUUUCUGGAGUUAGAUAUUAGAUCACAGCUAGACAGAUCUUACAACAAUCCAACAUUGAUGUAUUCUCAUUUCACUUUCAACUGCAACUAAACUAAACUGUUGUUUAAAGGUGAAUGCCCAGUGUGCUGAUGCAGGCUGCUAAAAUUGCAAGGGCUUCACUUUGCUCCUUGUUUGUUCCUGCUAGGGACCAAGCCAUGGUCUGGUUUAGUUUUGGUUCUGAACCUGGGCUUGUGGGUUUACUGCUCUCUAAACAAACCAUAAGUGGUAAGCUAAUAGCAGACUUUGGUUACAGUUCGUAGUAUACUUGUGGAGAGAAUUAAACCACUAACCUACGUUAAGAUGUACGUAUUUUUCGCCCUAUAGGACGCACUUUUUCCCCUCCAAAAAUGAAGGGGAAAUGUGUGUGCAUCCUAUGGGGCGAAUGCAGGCUUUCGCUGAAGCCUGGAGAGCGAGAGGCGUCGGUGCGCACCGACACCUCUCGCUCUCCAGGCUCCAGGAAGCUAUCUGCAAGCCUUGCGCACCCGGGGGGAGUUCCCCCGGGCACGCAAGGCUUGCGGGCGGCAGCCUGCAGCGCAGAGCACGGGGCGCCCUCCGGAGGCCCCCCGUGCUUCGCGCAGGUGUUGGCAAGCCUUGCGCUCCCGGGGGGAAAUCCCCCGGGAGCGCAAGGCUUGCGGGCGGCAGCCUGCAGCGCGGAGCAUGGGGCGCCCUCCGGAGGACGCCCCGUGCUUUGCGCAGGUGUCCACAAGUCUUGCGCUCCCGGGGGAACUCCCCCCGAGCGCACAUGGCUUGCGGGCGGCAGCCGGCAGCGCGGAGCAUGGGGCGCCCUCCGGAGGACGCCCCGUGCUUCGCGCAGGUGUCUGCAGCCUGCCGCCCGGCGCGUGGGGUGCCCGGAAGCAGAGCGCCCUCACGCCGGGCAGACAUCGGCCAGUCCCACAAGCUCGGUGGACAACGGGGAGGCGCAGCGCCGCCAUCCCACUGUUCCCCGACCUGGUUUUGGGGGGGGAAAUAAAGGAAAAAAUUUUUUCCUUUAUUCCCCCCCCAAAAAAGUAGGUGCGUCCUAUGGGACGGAGCGUCCUAUGGAACGAAAAAUACGGUAAUCCUAAGCCACACUACAGCUUAGUUUCCAGCAGCAUGGCAGGAACAAGGGAAGAGACAAGCUCCUGUGAUUUCAUCACUGUGUGCAUGCUUUUCAACUGUACUUUAGUUUAAAGUCGUAUGUGAACCAGGCCACUGUACAUUAUGGGAAUUGUGAGACUCUUGGAGCUGAAAGGACCUUGUUUUUCAUUUUAAAACAAACAAACUGGUCCUCUGUGUAGUCUUUCUGUGCUGUGCAUCUUUAGCCAAAUUGAUAUUUUCUCAGGGGUGGGGAGUUGGGGCCCUUUUCAGCUUUGGUUUUAUUUAUCUAGGGUGUACUAAACUGUGGUGAUACAAUUACACUGAGUGGGCAAAGUAAAGGCUGCAGAACAGUGGUCAAAGGGGCCAUAGGUACCACAUAGCACAGCUUAGCAGUGGCAGAGCUCAUACUUUGCAUGCAGAGGAUUCCACUUCAAUCCAGGCAGCUCCCAUUUAAAAAAGGACCUCUAGUAGUCAGAUACAGGAAAGAUCUCUGCUUUCAGAACAGUGGUAUUUCUUGGUAUAAGGGAGCUUCAUAUGUUAACUGUGUAUUUGGACUAUAUGUAUAUCCCAGAUUUCUCACGCCUGAAAUGGGGGAGGGGCGGGGGAUGAUGAAGCAGUACUCUUGUUGUCUAGCAUGACCAACACAGGUGGAAAACAGGCUUUGUAGUUCUCAAGUUUCAGAAACAAUGAGGGAAGUCCUAGGGAUAUUUGUUAUCUGGGUGGCUAUUUUUUUCUCUCCUGCUUUUUGACCAAAUAGUACCAGUCUCUAGGCUUCUGCAAUUCUGACUGUGGAGCUGCCUCAUUACUUGGGUGAGAAAGUGGCUUCUCUGAUAUUUCACGAGUGAAUAGUUGCAGAUGGUUAUCCAAAGCAGUUGUUGGUUGAGAGUCUUCUUGUCCCAGCAGCUCCAGGUCGAAAGCACUUAUGACUGGAUUGCCCUUCUGUUUCAUGGUUUGAAAUAGAAACCUAUAAAGUGGAUGCUUAGCUGCGAUGAGACUUGGGACAGGGAGCAGGGUGUGGAAUGAAAAGCCAAUUCCUUGAGGGCAUUUCUUUAACUUGUUGACAGUUUUUUAUCACCUAUGAGCAGCUGAAGAGGCUCCCUUUCUAGGGGCCAGAUCGGAGUGGUGAUUCAGCUGCCCUUCUUGCUCACCUGUUCCUGCAUCUUCAUGUCUUUUUGCCUAUGCGGACUGAGGCCUACCAUCCCCACUCCUGAAUACUCAGGUCUCGGGAGCAUAGCUUGGAUGAGAAGGGGGAUGUUGGGGCCAGUGAUAUUCAGUGCUUUCCCAUAAAGGGAAAGUUGGAGAGCAAGGGGGAGAGAGAGCAUAGGGCUGAGUCUGUAUCUUCUGUGAAGAGCUGUGUGAGUUUGAGGUCUUUCAGAGUGCAGCUUAUUGCAAUGUGGAUUUUGCAGUAAGCUGUGCCUUCCCCUUAACUUGUGCAAGGGGGAAAUUCAAAGGAGCUGCUGCAUUCCCUUCCAUUGUCAUGUUACCUUAAUAAACUAUUUAUUGGAGCUAUGUAUGUGUUUUGUGUUUUUCAGUAUUGUAAGUUUGGUGCUGGAAGAGGCAGCCUGUGAACGAGAACAGCUGCUCUCUUAGUAGACAAAAAACUAAAAAGUUGUACAUCCAACUGCCCUGUUCACCAGCCCCCAAGGUAGCAUUGUCACAGAAUGUCUGAAUUCACCAACUUCUAAUGCUGCACUGCUGUGAUGACGCAGAAUGUUGGUGAACAUUCUAACUAUUGUGAAGAAAGGAUCAGUUUUUGAUUCUAUAAAUUGCUUAAUGUUCAGAUUCAAUGCUGCUGCCCUCAGGAAACUGGAAAGUCACUUUGACUUGGAUGAUGAUUCAUGCUUGCCUAAUGAUGGAAGAAGCCUAGAGAAUGGAGGAGAACAGAGUAAAGAUGAUCAGAAUGUCCUGUGUUGAUUUGAAAUAACCAACCAAAUGCAUGGCUGUAUAUUGCUAUUAAAUGUGUUUUCUUUCA